UCGUAUUCCGUUUCGUUCUGUUCUCUUCUGUUCCCGUUUCGCUGGCGACUCGGUGAAAGUGACAACGAGCGUAACAACAUUUUUACGUGAAAUCCACCAGUCCUUUGACCGAUAAACUGUAUUUCGAUUUUAGUUUUUCUUAUUGUUCUCUCAAUGAUACCAAAGAGCGGAGAAACGGCCGGCCGAUUCAUGCACUUCCGGCGACCGCAACGAUCCCUUCCGGAAGAAUAUCGAUCGUGCGAAGUGAGCAUAUCGUCCGCUCGCGCGUCGGUGAUGGUUUACGACGACGUUAACAAAAAAUGGGUACCGAGCGGCAGUUCGUCAGGACUUUCGAAAGUUCAAUUGUACCAUCAUCAGGUGAACAAUACCUUCCGCGUGGUUGGAAGAAAGUUGCAGGAUCACGAGAUCGUCAUCAACUGCGCGAUCCUGAAGGGACUGAAAUACAAUCAAGCGACAGUCACGUUUCAUCAAUGGCGAGAUAACAAGCAAGUAUACGGUCUGAAUUUCUCCAGUAAGGACGACGCCGACGCAUUUGCCAGAGCGAUGCUGCAAGCGCUCGAUGUGUUGAGCAAUGGAAGCAACAUAUCGAGAAGCCUCGCCCCUGCAUCGACUACGCAGCAGCAGCCAGUUUUUCAGCAGCAACAACCGACUAAUGCUCAAUACGACGAAGAUAUGGGAUACAGAACUAUGACCAGGGAGGAUGUGGCGAUUAUUCAGGAACGCAGAAUGUCUCAACAGAGUCAAGCAACGAACAGUCCGAACGCGAUUUCCCCUAGUUGUCCCCUCGGAUCGCAACAGCAACAAGUACCUCAGCAACCUCAACAACAAUCCCAACAACCGCCCCCGCAAUCUGUACAACAACAGCAGCAACAACAACCGACAGCCCCGCCACAGCCUUCGCAGCAGCCACCGCAACAACAGCAUCCGGUGCAGCAAGCGCAGCAACAGCCGUUGCAGCAGCAACCGCAGUCGGGUCAUCACAGAACCUCGUCGGCCCCGCCUGCUCCGCAACCUCAGCAACAAACCGUGAUGCAAUCGAUCCAAGUAGCCGGUACUCUGGGCACCGGUGCCGGGCAAAUGUCGAGCGGUAGCGUUCCUCCGGUACCACCCCCUCAGCCACCCAUGUCCAGCACGGCCCCGCCGUGUCCACCGGCCAUGAUGAACUUUAACGCACCGGUACCACCGCCUCCAAUGAUGAUGAACCAGUACGCGCAAUCCCCGUCGUCGCAGACUAAUCUGCCGAAUCAGACACAAGCGCAGUCGAUUUACGGUAGCAGUCAAACGAAUCAGUACGGCGUCGGGUCGAACAAUAGCCAGUACGCGACCGCAGCCGUGAUCGGGCAAAGUCCGAGCCAAUAUUCCACCGGCAAUCAGAAUAAUUUUUACGGUAACAACGGGCAAGUUAGUAACGCCUAUUCGAGCGGACAGUCGGGACAAGCGAAUCAGUACGGCGGAGGUGGUGGAAGUGGUGGUGCUGGUAGUGCCAGUGGAAGCCAAUACGGUAGCACCAAUUCCCUCGGUCAGUACGCGAGCAGCGGAGCAACGGCUACCAGCCAGUACGCGGUAGGUGUCGGUGUCAACGUCGGCGUAGGUCAACCGAAUCAAGCUCAGUACAGCGUCGUGUCUCAGGCACAGGCACAGUACGGCACUGGUCAGUUGCAGCAAGUUUCGACCGCGACGAAUCCGUAUGGAACGCCGUCGAAUUCGGUGAAUCAGUACAACAGCAGCGGUGGCGGUGGUAGCAGUGGUAAUUGCGGAGCUGGCGGUGCUGGUGGUAACAGCGGCAAUGCCGGUGGUCAUCUCGUGCCACCGGUCAAUCCUAGUAUUUAUGCCGCUGUCGGCAGUGCUGGCCCACAACCACCUCCUAUGCUACCACUAGCCGGUCCUGCUGCUCCACCUCCACCUCCUCCACCACCCGCGCCAAAAAUGAACACCGUCAAUCUCAAUCCGAUUUCCGGCACUGCUCCUCCCGGAGUUCCUGCUAGCAAUCCUGUGAGCUCUGCCAGCAACAGCGACCCGCCUCCAGACUCUAAUUCGUUGGCCGCAGCUCUACAGGCUCGUUUAAAAAAGAAACAGUCAUCGCAGCAGCCGGUGGAGAACAGCGGUUCGAGUACCAGUAGCAGCGGAAGCGUAGGAAGCGGUGGGAACUACGGCACGUUGGGAAGAGGCGGAGGUGGUGGUAUGGCUUCAAUGAUGGACGAGAUGGCUAAAACUUUGGCUCGUAGACGAGCUGCCGUCGAGAAGAAGCAACCGGAACAACCGCAGGAACCCGAGAGUUCGCCCGAUAAGAAAUCAUGGGACAAGAACAAUUCGAAUAAUAAAUUCUCCAAUGGUGCCGAAUCACCUAAAUCGGUUCGCAAAAGGUUUGGUUCCGCAUCGGAGGAUACUCUAUUGAAAGUAAACGGCGUUAACGACGGAGCUGUCCUCACUGCUCAAGAAAUGGAGGCGUUUAAGGCGGAGAUCAUCAAGGAAGUACGCAAAGAAUUUCAAAAAAUGAAACAAGACAUUGUGGACGCGGUCAGAGCAGAACUGAGUAGAAGAUAAAGAUGCGACAGACGAGGACCAGUUUCGCGUAUAAUCGAGAAGAGAGAAGGAUUCUACUACCGUGUAGGUCAGCCGAUACGAUCCAUCGACAAUGCCGUACGCAAUUUUUUUUACUUCGUAUUCGCGAGAAUGGAAUGCAGUUAUACCCCAUGUAUAUCAGACAUGUUUGUGUGUAAGUACGUUAUAUCUAAUCUAAUGUUCUAAGCGAACCGUAUCAAUCGUCGCUUGCCAAACGGAAGGUAAGCAACGUUGAGACUUUGGAUAAAAUUCAUUUUUAAUUCAGACAGUUCGAUGCACAACACACACACACACACACACACGUACACAUCUCCAGUCAUUUACGUUCGCAUGCGUAUUAAUCUUCGGUGGUACUGUACAAUCUGUUCUUUUAUUAUCAAUGACGAUUGCCGUGUUUUAGAGUUAAAUUACGGAUAACUUAAUGUAACGUAACGUAACGCUGAUCCCACGCACAAUGGAAAACAGUUUCUAUGUAAAUAUCGACCGGAUUCGAUUAAAGAGACUCGUCUAGUCUAAAUGCAUUUAAAUCUGGGGGGCUAAAAGAACGCGUGAUUAAUUCAAUUGCGAUCGACUGACGCGACGUUUCUCCGAUUCUGUAUUUAAAAUGCACCGCGUACUAUCGGUUCUAACUUUUACUUCAUUCGUACAUACCACCUCUUCCGUGUACAGAUUUCUCACUAAUACGCACAGCUACGAUACAUUCCACCAAUAAAACUGUUUUUGGUACUUGCGCGCAACAGAUAGAUUAGAAUUGAAAACAAUGAUCGAUCGACUGCCAGAAUUUCUAACUAACGAACGAACGAUCGACGAGAAUACAUUUACACUAAUCCGAGCGCGAAAGGAUUGCCACUGAUUUUUAUAUUCACGCAUCCAAUGAUCGUUCGAAAUUCAAAAUUUGAUGCGCGACUGAGCGAUCAUGUUUGCUACCGAUACUGUAUACUACUCUCCGUUCUUAUAUUUUUUUAUCGCGUCUCUCGUACGAUUCUCACGAAAAAUGAGUAAAUUAACGUUGCAGUUCAUAUAUAUUCUAUGUAUCUAUAAUAUAGCCGUAUAUACGCUGAUCUGCACCGGCUUAUUGGCAUUUAUUGCUUUUACCAAAAAUAUAAUUGGGGAUGAGAGAGAGAGAGAAUGUGUGUGCGUGAGUGUUCGUAGAAAGAAGCGAGGAGAAACAAACGUGAAGAAAUGAUAAUCGUGUCCAUUUCCUUGACAGCAUCGAUGUAUUUUCGAACAAUAUUUGAUAACGCUAUAUCAACUUCACUCGAUUCACGAUACGAUACGAUACGGUAUGAUGUGAUAUUAUAGUACCCGGGUAUCUAGUAUUGAAUGACGCGAGCAAGCAUGAAUGUUUCGUCGCGUAAGUUUCUUUCAUUUUCAUUUUAUUUAUAAGGAGAAUUGUAAACGACUGAUCGGUAAAUUAACAGAAUUAUUAAGAAUCCAAAUGUUCGAAGGCUUGUUCUAGAUAAAACUAUAAGUAUUAUCGGUGAAAUUUUUAACUAUCGUUCUAACGCAACAAUUUCUCUAGUCGUGUAAGAAAAUCGAAGAACGGAAAUGAAACGUUUUCGGUAAUAAGCAUGCCCGUUGAACUUUACGUUUCUCAAAUACGAUACGUUUGCUUUUCCAAAGUAUCGAUCAUAUCUGUGCAUAAACAUGUUCUUUGUACGCAUGUCUUACUGUGGUUCUUACUACUUUUAUCAAGUUUCCUAGCAUUCGACAGCCGAGAAAAGACUCCGAAUUUUCAACGAAAACGAGCGUUGAAAUGAUAUCGUGGUCGGACGGUAAAUAAGAGAGGGGAAAGAGGUGAUAGUCCCCUUUUCGCAGCGAUAGCUACACAAUCAUUCCGGCGGUGUUGUUUGCGAUCGGUGUAAACACGCGAAAUUUUGUACGUCAAUUUUAUUCCAUCGAUGGAAUUGUACAAUUUUCAUUUUUACUUCUUUUCUACAAUUUUUUUUCUUUUUUUUUUUUUAAAACAACUUUAUCCCCGUUGCUCUUAAGCUGAACACAAUGUUACGGUUCGAUUGCGUGAUCUUUGAACAGAGAUAAACAACGACUCGACGAAGCUCUCUCGUUCGAAGGUGCGAAACCUACAUUUAAACUGAUUAACAAGCAGGAGAUCAGGUACGAAAGAAUCGACAGGUGUGAGUGCGCGGGUGUGAAUGUGUUUCGCGUUUACGUGUUACGACGCUGGUGUAAAGGAGUGUAGAAAACCGUGGAGGGAUUCGAAGGGGAAAGUUUUGGGCGCGGCAAAGUACGCAAUGUUCGAUGAUUAAGAAAGGGAGGAAACGAAUCGCACGGGGUUACGAGAACAGCUUAAUCGAGAAAAGCGAGACUAGUAUUAGAUGCAUUUAUAUUCUAUUUAACAUAUGUAUAUUUAUAUAUACAUACAUCGUACAUGGAUAAUUUUAAUAACGACAAGAGUAACGCGCGAGCAUUAAGAUUAAAAGAAGAAAAAUGAAAGAAAAAAGAAAAAAAAAAAAAAAAAAAAGAAAAGAAAAUGACGAGUGUUUGUUACGAUUGAAAUUAUUUAAGGAACGCAAGAGAGCAUGGCGAUAAAACGGAUUGACACGUUGCUUAUCGCGACACCGACUAAUUCGAGUCGAGAGAUAUACCGUACCCCAGGGCCAUUAUAAACGGUGUGUAUCAUAAUUAAUGUAUCAGCAACAAGCAAAUACACGUAUGAUAUAAAGAAUUACGUACGAGAAUGCUACUUUAUAUAUUAACGCGCGACGCAGCGGCAACGAGAGGUCAUAAUGUUCAUUACUUCGUUAAUCUACCCCGUGUUUUUCAAGUUCGAUAAAAAUAGUAUUCACCGAUUUCUGUCAUUAUUUUCAUUUCCAGUUCCGAUACAACGAUUUCUGUACAUUGGUUCGUCGCAAACCGAUCGUCGAGUCUCGUCGCCGUUUCCGGUCGUUGCUCGAAUGUAAAUCGACGCGAUGGAAACCGUGUCUGUAAUCCGGUCGUAUCGAUAGUAAAGCGAAUUCGCGGCUCGAAAGCAAUAAAAAAAAAAAAAAGAAAUCGCCUUGUAACGAUCGUUCGGCUCAUCUGUUUCGUGAACUAUCGAAACGAUCGGUGGCCACGGCAAGGACGGAACGUUAUCCUAAACUCGUUCUUAAAGAAGGAGAAGCUCGACGAGGCCGCAUAGCGUAUUUUAUUAGCAUUUUAAGGCGAUCGCCAGACGCGCGAGGAGAAUUUGUACGAAAUACAAUUAGCGAACGUUAGUAUACAUACGAGGUUUUGAAUCGAUGCCGAACACACUGUUUCUUAAGACGUAUCUUGAAAAUAUUUGUAUUGUAAAUGAAUGACGAAACAAUAAUAAAAAGUAUACGCCCAA